GAUUGGAGCUGAAUUGGAACUCCGCCGCCGCUGCUGUUGUUUUCUCUUUUUAUACCUGCACAGAGACACUUCUCCAGAGCGCAAUGUGUGUGAUAGUGUGUGUGGAGGCUCGGUCUGGAUGAUCCUGCUGGUUAUAUUGGGAGUUUGCGCUUUAUUUGGCUGGAUAAAGGUGUUCGGGACGACCUAUGUUCAAGCGGCGGCAGCGGCGGUGCCAUGAAUAGCGGACUCCCGGUGUCGGCUUCUCCGCUCGGCGGGGUCGUAAUACCGGGCGUCAAGGUGAAAUUCUGCCGCUAUUAUGCGAAAGACAAGACGUGCUUUUACGGAGACGAUUGCCAGUUCUUGCACGAAGAUCCAGCCGCGGUAGGUGCGGCGGUUAUUGCUCAGAGCGCAACCCAGGGAAAUCUGCCCAAAAAGAGCGAGGCUGUCGGGCCUGCUGGUGCGCCUCUGGAUGGUCAGUUGUUGGGCAUUCCUGGGAUGGACGGCGCAGCCCUCAGUGAUGCAAACCUCACCAACUCCUAUUUCAGCAGCAGCUUUAUUGGCGUCAACGGGUUUGGGAGCCCUGCAGAGUCCAAAUAUUCAAUGAUGCAGAGGAUGACCACCAGCAGCAGCUCCCCGAGUCUCAUUAAUGACAGUGCCAAGAACUACAGCCACAGCGCUCAUGACCAGGUAAAUUCCCCCACGUCGUCCCUGUUUAGUGACUUUGGUGCUUUGAGCAUAACACAAAGGAGAAAGGCUCCUAAUCCUGCAGCUACUGAGUUCAUCCCUAAAGGAGCACCCCGCAUGUCCAGCAUGACUCAGGCAGCCGUUCCUGCGUUUUCCUCUCCACUUUUCCCUCAUCCCGGCCUGAGCAGCUCCACAGCCGCGGGCCUUGCUCCUGGUAUGUCACUGUCUGCUGGCUCGUCGCCUCUCCACUCGCCCAAAAUCACCCCGCACACAUCCCCUGCUCCCAGGCGGCGUAGCCACACCCCUAACCCCAACCCAGCUAAUUACAUGGUGCCCACCACGGUGUCUGAUCAAGGGGCUGCCUCCCACAUCAUCCAGAAGGAGACUGUGGGUGGAACCACUUACUUCUACACCGAGAACACACCUGGUCCCAUGGCUGGAAUGGUGUUUCCGACGUACCACAUCUAUCCGCAAACAGCACCUCAUGUGGCUUACAUGCAGCCCAAAGCCAACGCACCGUCCUUUUUUAUGGCUGACGAGCUCCGACAGGAGUUGAUCACCAGGCAUUUAAUAACAAUGGCACAGAUCGAUCACUCAGAAAAUACAGGGGUUCCAUCUGAGGUGGACAGCUACCACAGUCUGUUUCCCCUCGAACCGCUGCCUCCCCCCAACCGUCUCCAAAAAACCAGCAACUUCAGUUACAUCACUUCUUGUUACAAAGCAGUCAGCAGUAAAGACGACAUGCCUUACUGUCUCAGGAGGAUACAUGGCUUUAGGCUGGUCAACACAAAGUGUAUGGUGCUGGUGGACAUGUGGAAGAAGAUCCAGCACUCCAAUGCUGUAACUCUCCGUGAGGUCUUCACCACCAAAGCUUUCGGAGAUCACUCGCUGGUGUUUUCUUAUGACUUCCAUGCGGGUGCCGAGACCAUGUACAGCAGGCAUUUCAACGACCCGACGGCUGACUCUUACUUCACCAAGAGAAAGUGGGGUCAGCAUGAGCCACCUCCUCCCCGACAACACGCCGGCCUGCUGCCAGAGUCUCUGAUCUGGGCCUACAUUGUGCAGCUGAGCUCAGCCCUGCGCACCAUCCACACAGCCGGGCUAGCCUGCAGGGUCAUGGACCCCAGCAAGAUCCUCAUCACUGGAAAAACACGGUUACGGGUGAACUGUGUAGGAGUGUUCGAUGUCCUAACGUUUGACAACAGUCAGACCAAUCACCUGGCUCUCAUGCCACAGUUCCAGCAAGCCGAUCUAAUCUCUCUGGGAAAGGUGGUGUUGGCGCUGGCCUGCAACUCUCUGGCUGGCAUUCAGAGAGAGAACCUGCAGAAAGCCAUCGAGCUGGUGUCCAUCAACUACUCGUCCGACCUCAAGAACCUCAUCCUGUACCUGCUUACGGAGCAAAGUCGCCUGCGCAGCGUCAAUGAUAUCAUGCCCAUGAUUGGUGCCAGGUUCUACACCCAGCUUGAUGCCUCGCAGAUGAGGAAUGAUGUCAUUGAGGAGGAUCUGGCCAAGGAGGUGCAGAAUGGUCGCUUGUUUCGCCUGCUGGCCAAACUGGGAACCAUAAAUGAAAGACCAGAGUUCCAGAAAGAUCCGGCGUGGUCCGAGACAGGCGAUCGCUACCUGCUGAAGCUCUUCAGAGAUCACCUGUUCCACCAGGUGACCGAGGCUGGCACUCCCUGGAUCGACUUGAGCCACAUCGUCUCCUGUCUUAACAAGCUGGAUGCUGGAGUACCAGAGAAGAUCAGCUUGGUGAGUCGCGAUGAGAAAAGUGUGUUGGUUGUGACCUACUCAGACCUGAAGCGGUGUUUCGACAGCACCUUCCAGGAACUGCUGGCUGCUGCCAAUGGCUCGCUGUAGCGCCCCUCAUAGGCAGGGGGUGGGACUGCCUAAAUCGGAGCACAUUGCACUACAGUGAAGGACGACAGCUCGCGCGCAGCUUGACGAUCUUACCGGCCGGACCAGAGGCAGCUGGUUGCUUGCUCACCUCCAGUCAGAUACACUGUCCUGAAAAAGGAAGUUUUGAUUUUCUAAAUGGUAUUUUUUUAGUUUUCAUAACCCUUCAGCUGCCGAAUUAUGGACUCGCCGACUGACGGCUGUGAUAAAUUUUUUUAAGACUUGGGGAACAAUGUUGAUAAUGUUGAGAUUCAAUUUCCUGCUCUUAUUUUUAUUUCUUGGGGGUUUUUAUUUUUACAGUGUAGGAUGCACUCAAAGUUUUUAGUUUUCCCUUUUUUAAAAAUAAAUAAAAAAUGACUGUGUGUGGUGGCCACAGGGUGUAACUCAGACCUCACACAAAAAUGAUGGGAUUAGGUUUCAGCAAAAGCAAGGCUUGAUUUGCUAUCUCUUCCCCUCUACCCUAGGCACUGCGAGUCGAGACGGACCACUUGCAGGACGAGAUAGACAGACCACUUUUGGCCUCCCGUGAUUUAGACAGGACAGAAUGAUUGUGGUUUUAAGGGGUUGCUGAGAGCACUGAUUGGCACAUGGUGGGGGUUGAACUUGCUCCGUGUCUGCUGGAGGAAUCCAGACACAUCAUUUAAAGAAGAGUGGUGUAACUGGAACUAGAUUCUCUGUCCAUGUAACGUAAUUAAAUGACUGUGGUCACUGAUUAAAUGUGGCAUAUGAUUGACAGGAGCUGCCAUUGCUGAUGGAUAGAUGCUUGGUAAAUGUAAUUUUGGUGGCACUGACAUAGGGGUGCUCUCUGCUGUUGCUGUGUAGAAGUUAUGCAACCUCCAUUUUUGGAUUUUAAUGCUUUUGCUAUGUGAUACAAAUUGUGAGUGGAACAACCAAGCUUGUUUUUGUCUGUAAAGGAACCAAAGAACUGGACCACAUUUAGGAAGGGAGCCAGUUCUGCCCUUUGUGGAAAGUCCUGUCUUUAUGCCUCUUGUGGUGCAACAUCACAAUCUGUCCGUAUCCUCACCCUCAGUUUCCUCAUAUUUGUUUUCCUUCCCUUUGGUCAUGUUCACCCUUUACACCCAAACACUUACCUGAUCAUAAUCCAUAAUGGGUGGUCUUGAACUGGUCUUGCAUUAGACUUGAUUCAUUGGAAGUGAUCUAUGUGGUUCUAGUUCUGUGUUUUACUGUCUCGCCCACUGAUGCAUGAUGGUACAGCAGAACUUUGGUAAAUUCUUACUCUUUUUCACUGAUUACAAUUUGUGGACCAACCCCAGCAGAUGUAUUUUCAUCAGUUUGUCUUAGAUCAUGAUGGCAUUGUGCAGGAAAACAAAGCAGCCGCAGCUCGAUCUCUUACCAGGUAAACGUGGGGUACAGGGGAGGUUCUUUGCACUUGGUUUGGAAUUAUCUCAGGACGACGACUCGACACGAAUUAAGCCAGUGAUUGAAUGUGCUGACUUGUCAUUGGUGAAUUUCGAUCUGUGAGUCGAGCUACAGUGGAACAGGAGCGAGUUGGAUAGAUCUGUGGGGAAAUGGACAUGCGGUGUGACGUGUGUGAAUGCCAUGCUCGAAAUGUGUACCCUGCGUUAACUGUUUAUAUGUCAGAGCAGUCAAUAUGAAUAUGGUGCCAAGCCUGUCCUUUUUACAAAGAUUGCUCACGUUCUUCCAGAAUAGCCAGCCAAUAGACAGCUAAUUCUUGUAUCAUGAGCCCUGUACCUCGAGAAUCACACUCCAGUACGAUGUGCUAGGUCCCCCCCAAACACACACACACACAAUCUUAGUACUUUUUAUGCCCUUCUUGUGUUCAUCGUCUCACAUUUUGCAAUAUUUGUGUGUACAACAGUAUUUUAAUAAAGAAUACAAAAACUUUA